AUUUUCAAACAACCCGUUGCCGUUUCUCUUCAUUAUUUUAUUAUUCCACAAAUUCGGUCACGUCCUCCUUCUCUCUCACCCGGUGCCUGUGCCUGUUCUCUUCUCCAUAACUCUGGUGCGAGAGAAUCUUCACCAAAAAAAACCUCGGAGAUGAUGAAGCGAAAGCUAGAAACGUUGGUGUGGCUAACACGAAAACGAUCGAUUCAGUUUCUAAUCGGUGUUUUUUUCCUCUACCUCGUACUUGUCACACUCGAACUCCCGUUUGUUUUCAGAACCGACUUCGCAACCGUGACCACCACGCGCUCCCCGAGGCUCCUAAGUGAAGAGGAUUCGCUACGAAAGGACUCCCCGGCGCGUCCUUUGAAAACGGUUUCCAACGCUGACUCGCCGAGUCAACUCGCGCGCCGCCGCAGCAGCGUCGUUUCCGCGUUGGUCCUAAACGACGCCGCGUUCGGCUCCCACGUAAACAACGGGUCGUCGGAGCUCUACAAGCAAGUGAAGCACGCGCGCGAGGUUGGGCGGAGUCUCUGGGAAGACCUCGAAUCUGGAAAGCCGCUAACCCGAACCGUUGCCGCUCGGGCGGCCAAGAACCGGUCCGGUUCGUGUCCCGGUUCGGUCUCGCUUUCCGGUCCGGAAGUUGUUGACGUCUCGGGCGUCGUGCCGUUGCCGUGUGGGCUCACGUUGGGGUCCCACAUAACGGUCGUUGGGAAGCCGUUGGAGGCUAGGCCGGAUUUCGAGCCGAAGAUAACGGUGGUGACGGAGGAUGAGCCCGUGAUGGUGUCGCAGUUCGUGGUGGAGUUGCAGGGGCUGAAAACUGUUGAUGGUGAAGAGCCUCCUAGGGUUUUUCACUUCAACCCUAGGUUGAAGGGGGAUUGGGGUGGAAAACCUGUUAUCGAACUAAACACGUGUUACCGCAUGCAGUGGGGUUCUGCUCUUAGAUGUGACGGUUGGAAAUCUAAGGCCGAUGAAGAUACCGUUGAUAGUAUGGCAAAGUGUGAGAAGUGGAUUCGGGAUGAUGAAGAUCAUUUGGAGGGAUCUAAGGCGACGUGGUGGUUGAGUAGACUGAUAGGGCACACGAAGAAAGUAACCAUUGACUGGCCAUUCCCGUUUUCUGAGGGGAAGCUGUUUGUUCUUUCUAUUAGUGCUGGGUUGGAGGGGUAUCAUGUUUCUGUGGAUGGGAGGCAUGUGACCUCUUUUCCUUAUCGCGCUGGUUUUACCCUUGAGGAUGCCACCGGGCUUUCGUUGACAGGAGACAUUGAUGUCCACUCUGUAUUUGCGGCGUCUUUGCCUUCAUCGCAUCCCAGUUUUGCCCCGCAGCGGCAUCUUGAAUUUUCCACCAGGUGGCGUGCUCAGCCACUUCAUGACUCUGGCAUCGAAUUGUUCAUUGGUGUCCUCUCUGCUGGAAACCAUUUUGCUGAGCGGAUGGCUGUGAGGAAAUCAUGGAUGCAGCAUAGGCUCAUCAAAUCUGGAGUAGUGGUUGCUCGUUUCUUUGUGGCACUGCAUGCAAGACAAGAAAUUAAUGCAGAGUUGAAGAAGGAAGCAGAAUUUUUUGGUGAUAUUGUUAUAGUGCCGUAUUUGGAUAACUAUGAUCUUGUUGUGUUGAAAACAGUGGCCAUAUGUGAAUAUGGGGUACAUACGGUUUCUGCUAAGUAUGUCAUGAAAGGUGAUGAUGACACUUUUGUUAGAGUGGAUGCCGUUAUCGAUGAAGCAAGGAAGGUUCCAGAUGGUACAAGCUUUUAUAUUGGGAAUAUAAAUUACUACCACAAACCCUUGCGCUAUGGGAAAUGGGCAGUGACAUAUGAAGAGUGGCCAGAAGAGGAUUACCCACCCUAUGCUAAUGGACCUGGUUAUAUUUUGUCAUCAGAUAUCGCACGCUAUAUUGUAUCUGAAUUCGAAAUGCAUAAAUUAAGGUUGUUCAAGAUGGAAGAUGUGAGUAUGGGAAUGUGGGUGGAGCAAUUCAACAGCUCAAAACCAGUACACUACUCGCAUAGCUUGAAGUUCUGCCAAUUUGGUUGCAUAGAAGACUAUUACACUGCCCAUUACCAAUCGCCGAGGCAGAUGAUGUGCCUGUGGGAUAAACUGCAAAGGUAUUCAAGGCCUCAAUGCUGCAACAUGAGAUGACAAAGAAAACAUAGGUUCUGAUCUUUUGAUUCCAGUUAAAGAGGGACAGAGAAAACAAGUUUUGCAGUGAAGCCAUACCAUCGAAUAUUGUAUAUAACUGGAGCUUGGUUAGUUAAACGUCGCCCUGUAUAAAAAUGGCCUUUUUUAUUUUUUUAAAUCUCUAUUUAUUAUUGUUUUUCUGGUUCUUUUUUUGUACCCCUUUUUCGGCGUUCUUAAUUCUUUUGGCCCGGCAUUGGAAGAUGACAAGGGGAAAGUGGGAGGGGAAUAUAUUGAUGCAGAUGCAAGUUCUGUAUAAUAAUUUGAGGGAUAGCAUUCGAUAUCCAUAGAAAAUAUAGAUUUAUUUAUUACACCAAGCUGGUGCUUUUUGCCUUUUCCCUAAUUCCAUGUUUCCAACUUUCUUCCAUUUCA